GAUCAGUCGCAGUUUGCUCGUCAACCUCGUCGUGUCUCGGCUUUAACGGUACAAUUCGUAAGCCCCAUAGAUCCCGAGAUCUACGUGACUGAUACUGGAAGAUCGGAUCCAGAUUUGAGAUACUUCUAUGUGGCCAUUGGUUGCCGGUGGUUAAAGAAACACGUUUAGAGAUUUUUCAAAAGUGCCAAAAAUGAGUGGAAAUUCGAGUGCCGGUGGUGCCAAGGAUCGGGCCAAGCCGGUGGAGACUCUGGUUUUGGCCAAUUACGCCCUAAAAGCCGAACAGAAACGAGCCCAAGGACAAGGUGGCCGGAAAGAAGAUGAACGAAUCACCAGUGCUGUUAUGAAGGUCCUUGAAGGAUAUGACUGGAAUCUGGUCCAGGCUUCCGCCAAGGCACCCACCGACAGAAAAAAGGAGCACAUCAAGCGCCCCAUGAACGCCUUCAUGGUCUGGGCCCAGGCCGCCAGAAGGGUCAUGUCCAAGCAAUACCCUCAUCUUCAGAACUCGGAGCUAAGCAAAUCAUUGGGCAAGCUGUGGAAAAAUCUUAAGGACAGCGACAAGAAGCCGUUUAUGGAGUUUGCCGAAAAACUUCGAAUGACCCAUAAGCAGGAGCACCCGGAUUACAAAUACCAGCCGAGGCGUAAAAAGGCCCGUGUAAUGGCACCGCAACAGCAGGCGGGAGGAGAGGCAGCGGGAAGUCCUACUCCGGAUUUAGUUUCCGCAACUGCGACCACAAGUUCGCGGCAGAAAAGCUCCAAUUCGGCCACAACAAACGGCCUGAGGCGCACUGGCAAGUCGACGGCACCCAGUCUGGGCAUCAUCUGCCCCACCAGCUCCAGCUCGAGCUCCAACGCCACCACCGGCUCGGAUGUCUUCAGUAAUGAGGCCUUCAUGAAGUCCCUGAACAGUGCCUGUGCGGCCAGCCUGAUGGAGCAGGGAUUGAGCUUGGGCAGCGAGCCCGGCAUGGACUCACCCUGUUCCACAACCAGUUCCCUGUCCUCGCUAACGCCCCCGGCCACGCCGUACAGUGGGGCUUCCUCGAGCGCGAAAUCAGCUCCAGCCAUCAAUAACUCGAGCCUUUUGCUAAGACAACUCAGCGAUCCGGUUGCAAAUGCUGGCCACGAUUAUGGAGUCUUGCUGGAUGCAGGACGGGAGUACGCGGCCCUGGGUGAGGUCAAUUACCAGGGAGGCGGGUCAGGCGGAGGCCAGGCGGGUCAGGAAAUGGAUUUCCUGGAGAACAUUAACGGUUAUGGCGGCGGAUAUGCCGGCGGUCGGGUGAAUUACCCGGGCUAUUCCUCCUAUACUGCAACUGGCGGCAACUUUGGAUCGGACUCGCAGCAGCAACCACCACAGCAACAACAGCAGCAGCAGGCGGCGUCACAGGCCAGUGGAGCCUUAAAUUACAAGCCAGCCACUGACAUCGAUCCCAAGGAAAUUGACCAGUAUCUCAUGGAUCAAAUGCUACCCAUGACGCAUCACCAGCACCACCCCCAUCAUCACCAGCAGUCGCUGCAUCACUCGCCGCCUUUGAACUCCUCCGCCUCCUUGUCCUCGGCCUGCUCCAGUGCCAGCUCCCAGCCGGUGGUGGAGUACGCUGCCUACUGCGACCACUUGGGGUAUCCCUCUGCCAAUCAAAACUCAAACUUUGGCCCCCAGCAGCCUUACACGCCCCUACCGCCUGUCUCCUUGAGUGUCCCCUCGCCACAGGAGCAGCAGCAGCAGCAGGACUUGCAAUCCCAACAGCAGGACCAGCAACAGCAGCAUCAGAAUCCAUCGCAGCAUCAUUUGUGGGGCACUUACACUUAUGUCAAUCCCUAAGCUACUUAAUUUGCACAUUUGUUGGUCAGCACGGAGAGAAAAAAAGGGGUGUUUAUCCUGGAUCAUGCCAUGAUAUGUCAGAUAUGAUUAAAAAGUAACUUUAAUGAAAGAAUGGAGGUUAAUCGAGCAUAUUGUAUAUUGUGGUUUAAAACUUUUACCUUUUUUUACAAAGUAUUAAAAAUAUUUUAUAUUCACAUAAAUCACAAUUGUUAUCCUUCGUUGAAGGUUAAUCUAUAUGUGCUUAUGGCUGCUUUUAUUAGAAAGGGAAGUUCCAUUUAGAUCAGUAUACCAACUAUUUUAUUUAUCAGGAAUAUGCACCAUUUUAGGACAGUAUAGAAUUUGUAUAAGCCUCGGAACAAGCCUCGGCUUUUUUUAUAAGAUUAAAAAUACAAAUAUUAUUUUUCCCUCCAAUAUUUUCUCUCUGUGCUUACCACCUCUCCCAACCACCUUCCUUCCCGCCCCCCUUUUUAUGGGUCACUCAGAUGGCUUUCGUUUAUUGGUUUAUUGUCUGUGCAAUGUCUGUAUGAGUGUUUCAGUGUGCGUGUGUCUAUGUGUGUGUGGUUGUAUGGGUGUGCUAAGCUGGAGGGUCCUUUUGAAGGUUCUGUGCAAUUUAAGCUAAUCGCUGCGAUUUUCGUUUAUGGCUGCACUUUUUCUUCCCCCCUCAAUGAAUAUGCGAUGGGAUUGCGAUUCGAAUGCGAAUCGAAAUGAAUGGAAUAUCCAAUACAAUUCAAAUGGAUAUUGCUUAUAUUGUAGACGAGAUGGUUUGUGUUUCGAUAUUUUGUAGCCAAUUGGAAGCAAUAUAAACUAUUAGUCUUAAUAAACAUUGCAGAUUGUAAGGGAGUAUUAUUUUUAAAUUACAGCAAAGACAGUAUACGAAACGGUAUGCAAAUUCAAAUCGUUUGAAAAAUGAAUAAGGAAUUAAGCCCUGCAAUUAUAAAAGAUCUGUAUUAUUAUAAGAAAUAUUUAAAUUGAUAGAAAUUGUAAAGAAAACAAAAUUAGACCUAUUGAUUUCAAUAAA